AUGGGAGCUCAUGCAGAGAGGGUAACGAAAAUGCAUCGGCGGACAAUGGCUGAACUCGGUUAUGACAAAGAGACAAUUGAAAAAGCAAUUCCAAAGAAAGAAAAAAUGAAACUGUUCUCAGAACCAAGCGCUGUCGUACUGGUUGUAGUGGAGAAUGUAAACCAGAAUCAAAUCGAUCAGAGGCAUGUUGAAUAUAUGCUUGAAGACAUGGGCGUUCCUGUAGAUCAGAUUGUCAGAAGAACCUUAACUGAGUGCUACGAAUGCCUAACCUUGUCACCUGAGCGUCACUUACUUCUGUCCGGUUCACGGGUUGCAGUGGUUUAUUUCCGAGCUGGAUACUCACCUGACAACUAUCUCCAUCUGAGAAGAGUGGUCUGCUCGACUUCUGAUGGAAAGGUCAGAUGCGAUCAAAUCGCCGUGGAUUGGUCUUCAAGUGGCGAAUCACUUACGAAGAAAAACUCAGCAACAGAAGAUGGUGUUGUGGAAAGAUUUAUUGGACAUCCUCGCGAGGCGGCGGCCAUACGAGCAACAUUUGCUGGAUUAUGGGCUAUAAAUAACCAGAGUCCGAUCACGGAAAAGCUGGUGAAGAGUGCGAUCGCUCAUCCAAAUCAGUUUGUUCUGAAACCACAAACUGAAGGAGGUGGUGGAAACUUCUAUGGCGAGAAGAUGGUCGAGAAACUUAAAACAAUGACGGAAGAAGAGCGAGGAGCUCAUAUCCUCAUGGAGCGGAUUCAACCGCUUGUACUUGAGAAUUACCUUGUUCGAGCAAUGCAAUCAGUACAACUACUGAAUGUUGUCAAGUCAGCUUGGAGUGUACGGUUAUGCGCUAGGAGACCGGGGUAUAGCGGAAGUUCGACAAGGUGGCCAUCUGUUACGCACAAAGGGCGAGAAAGUGGACGAAGGCGGUUCGGCCGUGGGCAGCAGUCUGUUAUCGAUAGCCCAUUCUGUACCGAGCUUCUUUGA